GCAAGCAACGAUCAUUUACCUAGCCACUCUUUGAAGUAGCUAGCUAGCCACAUUAAUAUGGAUGCGAGCAAUGGCAGCUCCUCAGCAGCGGCACCUCAAAGCCGGCCUCUCUCGAUACGCACGAAACCAAGGGCACCAGCCGCCGGCACCGACGAAUGGACGACGAACGAUUCCACGGCGGAGAAGGAGCCCGUGAGCCCUACUGCAAGGCUCAUGGAACCUGUAUACAUCGUCGUAACCAUUGGCCUCGGCUCACCCUUAGACCUACCCGUCUUCACCACCCACAUGGCCAGCGGGCUUCCCCGAUAUUCACGCUUCCAAAGUAUUCAGGUGACAGAGGAUGGCAACCCGCGGUGGGCACGCGUAAAGGUGAAGGUGGAGGAUCACAUCGUCGUCCCGACGCUGGAUCCCGUGGCCGUGGCCGCUAACCCAGACCAGUCCGUGGAGGAUUACGUGGCCUCGCUGUUCACGCUCCCCAUGGACCGCUCCCGCCCGCUCUGGGAGUUCCACUUCCUCAACUUCCCGACUUCGGAGGCCACCUCCACCGCCAUCAUCCGCGUGCACCACUCCCUUGGCGACGGGAUGUCGCUCAUGACGCUCCUCAUGUCGUCUGCAAGCAGCGCCGCUGACCCGACGAGACUGCCGGCCAUGCCGAAGCAGCCCGAGCGCACUGGCGCCAUCUACGCGCCGCGGCGGCCGCGCUCUUCUGGCGCCAUGCCUUUUCUCGGCUGGGUCUGCUCGUAUUUUGUCUUAGCCUGGAACACCAUGGUGGACGUUGCCGCCUUCAUCGCCACAAUGAUGUUCCUGAGAGACCCGCACACGCUCUUCAAGCGCUCCGACGACACAGUGUUCAACCCACCGAGGCGCUUCGUACACAGGAGUCUUAGCUUGGACGACGUCAAGUUCAUCAAGAAUGCCAUCAACUGCACUGUCAAUGAUGUCUUAGUUGGUGCGACUUCUGCUGCUCUGUCACGGUAUUACUUCCGCAAGUCAGGUAACAGCAACUCGGAUAAAAUCCGUCUGCGCUCGGUCCUCCCUGUCAAUUUAAGGUCAACCACUAGCUUACAAACAAAUGUUAAUAUGAUAGAAUCUGGUAAGAGUGACGAUGUGGCAUGGGGAAAUCAACUAGGCUACAUCAUCCUUCCAUUUCAUCUAGCAAUGCACGAUGAUCCACUUGCAUAUAUUCGCAAAGCAAAGAAGACUCUGGAUAGAAAAAAGAGCUCACUUGAAGUGGUUUUCACCUGUAAGAUGAGUGAACUUUUUCUUAAAAUGUUUGGCGUAAAGGCAGGCGCCUUUAUCUUCCGCCGUAUGUUCGCAAAUACAACUAUAUCUUUCACAAGCAUGAUUGGACCGGCUGAACAAACAAAUUGGUGUGGGCACCCAGUUGUCUUCAUUGCGCCUAGUGUUUAUGGAGUUCCCCAAGCUCUGAUUAUGCACUACCAGAGUUAUGGUAGCACUAUCAAGGUGAUUCUAUCUGUCGACAAGGAAAUAUUUCCGGAUUAUAGUCAACUUCUAGAUGACUUUGCUGUCUCCUUCAGGUGCAUCAAGGAUGCAGCCUCCAAGCUUUAAUAUUCAUCAAGAAAGAGUAAUUCCUGAAUAAUUUUAUAAUUUUACUUACUCAAGCUGUAUAAUGCUACCAGUAUAUAUUCCUAUGUAUUCGAUGAAUGUAUAGUGAAGCGCUACAUGGUAAUUACAACCAUAAACACUACAAAAUUAAGGUUGGAAUUCAAAUACAUUGAGCGCAUUGUUGGAUAAUGAUGUAUCCAAAGGGAAUUUGAAAUGCAAUUUCUAUAUCAGGACCA